CUUUUCGAUUUUCCCCAAUUAUAAAACCCUAACUACCAGCUACUCUUCUCUUUCAACCUUUUAUCGUGGCUGACUUUCUCUCUCCUAUACUCUUCCAGGAAUCAAAUUCCCCCCAAUAAUUGUUCUUUUUUCCAGUCAAAUCAUUUGAUCCAGCUUCAUAAUUCAAAGCCCUGUCUCCUUCACCCGUCGUCUUAUCUGGGUCAGAUCAUCAACAUUCAUCUUUUUUUGAAAAAUUAAUCGACAAUUAUUUCUUCUGGGUAUGCAAAUUUUCCCAGAUUUUUGAAGAGUUUUUAUUUUUGUUCUUCGUAUUUUGAGUGAGGAUGAGGAUUAUGGGGGGUGAAUUUGAGAUUUCCGAUGAAAUAUUGGGGACAUUUGCGCCGAUUGUUGUGUAUUGGGUAUACUCUGGGAUUUAUUUGUUAAUGGGCUCUUUCGAUAAUUAUCGUUUGCAUUCGAAAAAGGAUGAAGAUGAGAAGAAUUUGGUCUCGAAAUCUACUGUUGUUAAGGGUGUUCUUCUUCAACAGACUGUUCAAGCUGUUGUUGCUAUGAUACUCUUUGCGGUGACAGGAAGUGCUGUAGAGGCUGCUAAAAACCGAGAAACAUCUCUGCUUGUCCUGGUAUGCCAGUUUUUAGCUGCAAUGAUGGUCUUAGAUACAUGGCAGUAUUUCAUGCACCGAUACAUGCAUCAUAACAAGUUCUUGUACCGCCAUAUCCAUUCCCAGCAUCACCGGCUUAUUGUCCCUUAUGCUUAUGGGGCUCUUUACAAUCAUCCUUUAGAGGGACUUAUUCUCGACACUAUUGGUGGGGCCUUAUCAUUUCUUGUCUCCGGGAUGUCACCACGAACCUCCAUAUUUUUCUUUUCUUUUGCAACCAUCAAAACAGUGGAUGAUCACUGUGGUCUUUGGCUACCGGGUAACCUCUUCCAUUUCUUCUUCAAAAACAAUACUGCAUAUCACGAUGUUCAUCAUCAGCUAUACGGCAGCAAAUACAACUUCUCGCAGCCAUUCUUUGUUGUGUGGGACAAAAUUCUUGGAACUUACAUGCCUUAUUCACUAGAGCGUAGAGAAGGUGGUGGAUUUGAAGCAAGACCUACAAAGGAGUGCAAAGAUGACUGAUACAUCCCCCCACUGUAUGUGAUUACAUGUACCACUAUUCUCUAGUCCUCUAAAUGUGAUAUUUAAAGCUACCUUUGGAAUGUGUUUUCUAUGUACAUGCUGGUUUUUGUAAUCUUAUUAAUUUGUGUCUAUAUGAAGAUUUUUGACGCAUGAGCAGAAUUAUAAAUGGUGUAGAGUUGGGAAUUUCAGCAUUACCUUUUUUCGGGAUGGCCGCUGGUUUAAACUGGCUUCAUGGAUUCUGGCAUUUCCUUGGUUGGAUGGUGUAUUAUUAUUAUUAUUAUGAUAGCUUAAUUGCUUUUUAGAUUAGGAUUAUCAAGUGUUCGAAUUCCAAUUUCAUUUUGUCAUUGGAUACUAUAGAGGAAAUCCAUUUUAACUGAAAUAUUGUAAUCUCUUGAACACAAAUCAACUACAGUAUGUCUGUGUUACUCUUAGAUCUCUAUCUAUAUAUAUUUUUUCAGAU